AAGCUUUUGUAUAUGCCAGUCUCUGUUUAGUUCGCGUUUAUUCGAAUACGCAGUCAGAAAUAAUUUAAAUUUGAUCAGACAUGAAAUGGUCAAUUGGGUACGGGCUUGGUGUUUGCCUGUUGGCACUUUGCUGGUUUCAGACCUCGCAGGCAAUUACGCAGUUCGAGGACAUGUGUCGACUUUUCAAAACCGGAAUCAAAAUACGCAAGCCUGGCACUUGUGAUAGUUACAUUCAGUGCGCUAGUGGUCAUGGUACGGAGUACCAGUGUACUAAUGGCCAGAAUUUCGAUGCCAGCUCUCAAAAGUGCGUGGCAGCAACAACUGCCAAUAAAGCAGUUUGCGCCAAUGUAUGUGAAGGAUUGGAUGAUAUGUGGGUGUCGGAUCCCACGGAUUGCGCAAACUAUUUCUAUUGCUGGAACUCUGUUGCCUAUCUGGGACACUGUGAGAAUAAAGAGCACUUCAAUGAGACUACUCAGUCGUGUGAGUAUAUCAGCGACUCACUUUGCGUAGAAGUUGCCAACAUCUGUAAACUAGUGCCGUCGGGCACAAAAUUCCGGCGUGAAGCAGAUUGCUCCGAUUACUACGAAUGCGGAAAAACUGGUUCACAUACGCUGAAGUCUUGCUCUAACCAAUACUUUGAUGUGGAGUUGGGAAAAUGUAUGGCCAAGGACAAGGUAGAAUGCUCGGCUCAUUCAAAGAAGAAAAUUUGCGUUGACUCGAAAAAUAAGCCCGUUACUGGUUAUGUUAGCGAUGGUGCUACCUGUCGUGGUUACUUCGCUUGUAAUUACUAUGGCUCUGUUGCCGAUGUCGACCCGAUUUGGUUGCAGUGUCCGGAGGGACAAUUUUUUGACAAAGAUAUCCAGAAAUGUGCCAAGCCCAGUUCCGUUGUUUGCACAUUCAAUCGCUGCGAAGGACGCGGUACUAUGUUUGUCACCAGCAGCAAAAAUAACUGCCACAACUAUAUCCAGUGCGAGAAUAAUGUAGAGGUGGCUGAAUUUACUUGCCUUUGGGAUUACUUUUUUGAUGAGGCCCACCAGACUUGCACCAAAGCCAUGAUCUAUGACGGGUGCUGCGAUGGUCGUGACUGAGCUCCUGUCCAUAGUGCCGCUAACAAAAAAACUUUAACAUUUUCACAUAUUUGAUGUGUAUUUAAUAA